AUGCGUACGGCACGCCUAGGCGUUAAACCUAUUAAUACGCGUUACGCGUUUCUGCUGAAUUACACUGGCGGAUUAGAACGACAAUUUUACCUGGAUCAAAUCCUUACCACCCCUAUGAUUUGUACUCAAGGUCAUCGAAUGUAG